AUGGAGGUGGUUGGGGGAUACAUUGAAGAUGAAGAUUGGGAACAAGAGAAGAUUGACUUUAGAUUCACUCAGAAUGGAGGAAUUUUGUUGGAAAAGCAAAUUGCUCUUAGCCAAGGUCGUAAUGUAGGUCCGGGGCAGCUGAAGAUUUUAUCACACAAGGAUAUUGAGAAGGCUACAAACAACCUUGACCCUAAUCUUCUUGUUGGUAGUAGUGCUCAAAGAAACGUCUACAAAGCAACCAUUGAAGAUCGUAUUGUAGUUGUUGGAGUUCCAUUGCAGCUAGAGAGAAAUCCUAAAUUGGUUGAUCGCAACUUGAAUGAAGCAUCAAUAGCUAUGGUUAUGAAUCAUGAAAAUAUGGUUAAACUCUAUGGUUGUUGCCUCGAUACUUUUAUACCAAUACUAGUGUAUGAAAUGUUGCCAAAUGGGAUCCUUUCUCAACAUUUACAUGGUGAUACAGCAUCUAUCAAGUGUUUAAAGUGGGCUGACCGUUUGAGAGUUGCAACCGAUACAGCAUAUGCACUAUCUUAUAUGCAUAAUGCCUUGCGAAAGCCAGUGGUGCAUCGGGGAGUUAGCUCAGCAAGUGUACUUCUUGAUUCUUCAUUCCAGGCUAAGUUAGGAAAUUUUGGUUAUGCAGUGUCCAUUAAUCCAGGGGAUACAUCUGAAAGAUGGUCUGUUGAAGGAAGUCCAGGAUUUAUUGAUCCUGAGUACAUUGAGACUCAGGUGGUGACAGAUAAGUGUGAUGUGUACAGUUUUGGUGUUUUAUUGUUGGAGUUGCUAACCAGAAGUAAUCCCAUUAGGAUGCUUAGAGGUGGGAGAGACUUGGUUGAUGUUUUUGUUUCAGCUUUCCAAAAUAAUUGCGUUAUGAACAUGAUCGACAGGGAGCUACUGAAUCAAGCAAGUAGGGAUGAGAUUAAACAGGCUGUGCGGAUUGCACUGAAAUGUGUGGCAAAGAAAGGGGCUGAGAGACCAACCAUGAUUGAAGUUGUUGUGCAACUUCGGCAGAUAAGAGAUACCUGCGGUGGGCGUGGAAAUAAUCGUGUCCAAGGCAAUCUUGAACAUGCACGUGGUGCUGGAAACCUUGAUCAGCAACAAGGGGGUGAAUCUAGCCAAGUCCAACCACAAGCACAAACACAAUCUAACUAACAAUCUUUGUGCAGGAACUAGAAACAUCAUCAAAUUGCAUUGAGACUCAGUCAUAUGGAGGAGCUUCUUCAAGAAAACAGUAGGGGAGUUUAACCUUAUCAUGGCGUCCUCUGUACCUCAACAUCGGGUCCUGUUUGGCAUCAUCACCUUGGUCAUUUGGUGAAUUGUGUAUUAGACUUUCUUAAGAAAAAUAUGGGCACUGUUAGUGCCCAUUCAUUUUUCUCAGAAUUGUGUUUAGAGUUUUUUUAUAUUAAUCUCAGCAUUUAAUUUUCCAAGGAUGUUAUUAACUUAGAUUGUUAUUAACUUUGAUAAACCCUUGUAAUUAAUAUAUUCCGAUGCUUGGCUAUUUCCACUU